UUCCAUAAACUGUCUUGGGUCCGGGUGAACUAAUCAGAGGGACCUGUGUUCAGAAGGCUCUCGGUGACAGAUCUGGCUUGUUACAGGCACUCAGAGAGGCAGUCGGGAUGGAGGGUCGAGUUGAAGACAGGGAGGGGUGAGGAACGAGCAGAGGCCAGUUGUUUGCCCACUUGAGGGAGUUUGGACUUGUCCCGAGGGCACUAGGGAGCCGUGAAGGGCUUCAAGCCGGGGGGGAUCAUGCUUGCCCCCCCCGCAGCCCCGGUCCCCACGCCUAGAAGACAGCGGAACUGAGAGAAGAAGAGGCCUGUGGACAGAACGACCAUGUCUGACUCCCUGGUGGUGUGCGAGGUAGACCCAGAGCUAACAGAAAAGCUGAGGAAAUUCCGCUUCCGAAAAGAGACAGACAAUGCAGCCAUCAUAAUGAAGGUGGACAAAGACCGGCAGAUGGUGGUGCUGGAGGAAGAAUUUCAGAACAUUUCCCCAGAGGAGCUCAAAAUGGAAUUGCCGGAGAGACAGCCCAGGUUCGUGGUUUACAGCUACAAGUACGUGCAUGAUGAUGGCCGAGUGUCCUACCCUUUGUGUUUCAUCUUCUCCAGCCCUGUGGGCUGCAAGCCGGAACAACAGAUGAUGUAUGCAGGGAGUAAAAACAGGCUGGUGCAGACAGCAGAGCUCACAAAGGUGUUUGAAAUCCGAACCACUGAUGACCUCACCGAGGCCUGGCUCCAAGAAAAGUUGUCUUUCUUUCGUUGAUCUCUGGGCUGGGGCCUGAAUUCCUGAUGUCUGAGUCCUCAAGGUGACUGGGGACUUGGAACCCCUAGGACCUGAACAACCAAGACUUUAAAUAAAUUUAAAAAUGCAAAAACUCA